UCUAAUACAAGCAUCAGUGACAUACAGUUCGUUCAACAUGAAGAUUGCAGUGCUCGCCCUCCUCGUCGCCGUGGCCUGUGCCGACCGGCUGUACGCGCCCCCAGCCCGGGAUGACUCCGACGAGGUCGCCAUCCUGAGGGACGACCGCGUGAUCGAGGACGACGGAAGGUACAACUUCGACGUGGAGACUGCCAACAGAAUCGUCAUGUCCGAGUCUGGCUCUCCUGGAAACGAGGGAGGCAUCAACAGUGCUGGCUCCUUUUCGUACACCGCUCCUGACGGCAGCGACAUCCACCUCCAGUACGUAGCUGACGAGAACGGAUUCCAGCCACAGGGUGACCACCUGCCCGUGGCUCCCGAGUUCCCCCACCCGAUCCCUGACUUCGUCCUCGACCAGAUCGCCUUCGCCGCCGAGGAGGACGCCCGCAGUGCCCGUGGGGAAGUCUCCCGCUCCUAUGGUGCUCCUCGUGAUGACUGAACAUGUCAUUAAGUAACUCUCUCUUGACCGCCGAUCUUGUGCUAUUUAUAAUUACAUUAUAAACAGACAGAUUAAAUCGUCUGCUAAUGCAGACCAACUCCUAUGUACAGCUAUACAAAUAAAUAUACCAUAUUCUGACUU